AAGACUGACUGACGCACCAGUGGGAGCUCGCUCGGCGUUUUACUGCGCUCUACGGACCACCCCGUCAGCCGGCCGUGACGUCCGCGGGGUGGGGGCGGGGCUCCGCGCGCGCGCCCUUAAAUACGGCUCCGACCCCUCAUCUCCGCAAGACGCGCAAGCACGCCGGCCAGCCAAGAGACACAACGGAAGACGCCAUGAUCAAGAAAAUGUCCCCCUCGGAGAGCGACUUCGACAUCCCGGCCAAGAACUGCUACCGGAUGGUGAUUCUGGGCUCCACCAAAGUGGGCAAAACGGCCAUCGUGUCCCGCUUCCUCAGCGGGAGGUUCGACGAGCAGUACACGCCGACGAUAGAAGACUUCCACCGGAAACUGUACAGCAUCAAGGGGGACGUUUACCAGCUUGACAUCUUGGAUACGUCUGGCAACCAUCCGUUCCCGGCCAUGCGCAGGCUCUCCAUCCUGACAGGCGACGUCUUCAUCCUGGUCUUCAGCCUGGACAACAGAGACUCCUUCCACGAGGUCCAGCGCCUCAAGCGUCAAAUCUACGAGACCAAGUCGUGCCUGAAAAACAAAAUGAAGGAGAACCUCGACGUGCCCCUGGUCAUCUGCGGCAACAAGGGCGACCGCGAGUUCUACCGCGAGGUGCGGCGCGACGAGAUCGAGCAGCUGGUGGACGGCGGCGACGACGACAAGUGCGCCUACUUCGAGAUCUCCGCCAAGCGCAACGAGAACGUGGACCGCAUGUUCCGGACGCUCUUCACCCUGGCCAAGCUGCCGCACGAGAUGAGCCCCGACCUGCACAGGAAGGUGUCGGUGCAGUACUGCGACAUGCUGCGCAGAAAGUCGCUGAAGAACAAGAAGGUGAAGGACGUCCCGGAGGCCUACGGCAUGGUCACGCCGUACGCGCGGAGACCCAGCGUGCACAGCGACCUCAUGUACAUUAAGGAGAAAGCCGUCGGUGGAGGGCAGGCCAAAGAUAAAGAAAGCUUGCGCGCGCGCACGUGGAGGCGCCGACGCAGAAGUGUCACCAUGGAUACGGAGAGAGAGAGAGAGAGAGAAAAAAAACAACCAACCAACCAUUCCACACCCACGACAGAUUCAAAGAAUGUUCGCUUGUUCUGUCCACCCAUGUGACUUGUCAUCACCAUACUUUAUGCGCGUCAUGCGUAAAAGAAAACAAAAAAAAAAAAGUAUUUUUGUUGACGUCAUCAGAGACUCUUACACCGCAGCAGUGGACAAUAAUGUUGUUUACAUCUUUGUUUUUAUAAUGACCACACUUGAAUGUUCCUCUGCAAUCAGCACUGUUUUUACGUACUGUAUAUUUAUUGUAAC